AUGCCUGCCUUUCGCAACACUUUUGGUGACUUCUCGCCCACCAUCCACGGAGUGAUUGUUUCGUCGGUUCUCAUCUCCGGCGCCUUUACGGCGCUCAUCGCCGGUGUUCUUGCUCACAAGUUUGGCCAGGUUCGCAUCUUUUCAAUAGGGGCUUUCGUUUAUGCUGUUGGUGCGGCUGUUCAAUCUUCUGCUUCCAAACUCCCUGCUUUCAUCGUUGGACGUCUUAUCCAGGGUAUAGGCGAGGGCUUGUUUGUGAGCAAUGUAUGGGUGCAGGUUUCCGAAAUGUCUCCAACCAGAGUCCGGGGCACCUUGACAGCAUUGCCGCAAUUCACCAUCGUCGUGGGGGUGGUUUCCGGCUUCUUCAUCUGCUACGGCACUUCCCGCCUCGGCCCAUCGACAUCACUUAGCUGGCGCAUCCCGUUGGCCAUCUCAGCAGCUCUCGGCUUCUUACUAUCGGGAACCUAUUGGCUCGUACCGGCCUCUCCUCGCUGGUUGCUUGCCAAAGGCCGAGUUGAAGAAGCUCGCAAUGUCCUCGUUCGACUAGGUUUUGACGAUGUCGAGCGUGAAAAGCUUUUGGAGGAAUCCAUGAACCAAGUUCAGGCUCACAACCCGGAUGAUGAGACGCUCUGGCAGGGCCUCAAGGAGACCUUUGUGGGAUUCAAGGAGGCUUUCUCAGCACCGUUCCGUGCUCGCACCAUGUUUGGAUGCUUCAUCAUGGGCAUGCAGCAACUUGCUGGAAUUGACGGCGUCUUCUACUAUGCACCGAUUCUAUUCGAAAAGGCAGGGCUGAGUGGUGCUCAGGCGUCCUUCUUGGCUUCUGGCGUUUCUGCACUGGCAAUCCUGGCAGUCACUAUCCCGGCCACCUUUCUAGCAGACAAAUGGGGACGGAGGACUUCAAGUCUGCUUGGUGGCAUCUUGAUCACAACCCUUAUGCUCUUGAUGGGGUCUCUGUAUGCGGCUGACAAGGUUCAUGCUGACAGAGGCGCUGGCAAGUGGGUUGUUAUUGUAUCGAUUUACUUGUUUGCCAUUGUAUUCAACGGAACUUGGGCCAUCGGCUUCCGUACCUUUUUGAUGGAGAGCCUGCCAAGAAAGACGAGGAGCAGCGCGUCGAGCCUUGCUCAGAGCGCCAACUGGUUCUCAAACUAUCUCGUAGCCCUUGUCACGCCGGUGCUCAUUGCAAAGUCGACUUACGGAGCCUACUAUCUGUUUGCCAUUUCUUCCCUCUUUACCACUGUCAUUGUGGCAUUGCGCAUGGUCGAGACACGAGGCCACAGCUUGGAAGAGAUUGAGCAGCGAUACGUCCAGAGCAGGGGUAUUUCGACGGAUGCAGUUGAUGUGACCACUGAAAGAAGUAAUGUCGCCUGA